AUCGUCAGUUAUUCCAAACUUCUCUGAUACUUCAUAGCCGCAGCUCAAAAAUCAACGAUUCAUCAACAAUGAAAACCCUCUUUUUGGUAUUGGCUCUCGCGGUUGUCGUCUUGGCAAGUCCCGCUGAUGACAAAAGUUCAGGUGAUGGUCACUUUAAUGGCAUCUUGAAAUUUGACUUUACCGGUGACAGUAAUUUCAAAGGCAAAGUCGAAGCUCUGGCCAAAUCUGUAACAGACGCUCUCAAAGGAAUCGGUUUCAAUGGCGAAUUCAAGAGUGAAGGAAAUAGUAAGAGUAUAGGUCAUCUCGUUGGUGAUUUCAAAUAUAGCGGCAGACGUUUUGGCAAAACAAAUAGCACUUCUUCUAGUUCUACCCCUGCAGAUUUUUAUCCAUACUGGCAACGGAACUAACCACCGAAAUCUCCCGGCUUUUAACUUGUAGCUAUUUCGUAUCAUGAUGUAGCUCUCUAGUAGAAAUAUAAACGUAGACAAUAGCACGAUAAA